ACUGGGCCGCACCGCGCAGCCGAACAUAAGGAGUCCGGCUUGGGACGGUUCUGACUCCGGUCCACCGCACAGUCAGACACCGGAACCGCUCAGGAGGACCGGGAAACGCGUCCUGGGGGUUGUCCGGGUCUCACGCGCAUGUGUAGGUGUUGGCACGAGAACUGUUUGUUUCCGUUCUUGGGCAGAAAUGAGGUCGUUUUAAGAUGAAAUUAAACAUGGCGGUUGGACGGAUGUUAGCUAUGGUUAGCUUAGCUCCUGAGUUAACUACGUCAGCUGAGCCGAACUUCAUUUAAAAAAACAACAAUUUAGGUUUUCUUGUAAGUUUACACUGAAAAACACAGAUAGGAUUUAAAUCGGGUUUCCCAUCGGUAGGUAACAGGAUUCGGGAUAAUUCGUCUCUACUUUCAUCAUGUCUUUAAACUAUUAUAAUUAAAAUAAAGUAUAGAAUCAACUCUAUGUUGGCGCAUAAAUAGACCGUCUUCAGAUGAAGAAGUUUUUUUUAAGGUUUCAAAACUACGCUGAAUUAAAUAAUGCUUAGAGAUGGACGAAUUUUUUAUAUAAACAAGUAAAUAAGAUUAUGAGCCGUUUGGAGAGAUGAAGGUUCGUUAGUUUUCAGUCUCUGCGUCGUGCUUUGUUCCACUGGGCGGGGCUCCGGGUGGCGCUGUCCGGACAUCCGGUGCUGAAACGGUCCAGGUUACUUUGUCACGGCUCGACAUGAUCCGGGAUAAAUUCUGAUUCAGAUUUCAGGCUGAAGAAGAACCAUGAAAGAGGAAACAUUCCUGCUGCUGCUCCUUCACAGCCUUGAAGCUGUGGCGGCGUCUCAGUGCUGGCGGGGGACCACCUUCUCCGAGGCGGUGGUGUCUCCGGCCGUCGACAGCAGCGGGAUCGUGCGGGUUCCUGGCGUGGCUUCUCUGCCGCAGUGCGUGGCGGCGUGCUGCGACCUGCCCGGCUACGACCUGGCCUGGCUGUUUAAGGGCCGCUGCUACGUCCUGAGCUGCCAGCAGAGAGAGAACUGCCGGCCCCAGGAGAGGCCCGGGGCCGACUCGGUUCUGGCUUUCCUGCGCCGGCCAUCCCCGCAGACCCUGGUUCUGCAGUCACUGGUGAGAGGAAAGCCAUAUGGGGCCCGCUGGGAGCCCCUCACCCAGUCCUCGGAGGCGGGAACUGACCUGGAAGCUCUGAAGGAUCUAGCCUUGUUUGACAGGCCUCAGCCGGGCUUCUCGGACCCCGGGGUUCAGGAUGUGGAGUAUUCAGAGGGAAGCCAGGAAGAGAUAGGCGGUGCUGGUUCAGAGGUGGACUCAACCAGAGACGGCUUCAACCACUCAGAGGCAAAAGAUGGUCCAGAAAGAGGGCCAACCCAGACCAGCAGGGCCCAGAUUACACUGUCCUCUGAUGGGCCCCAGAGCUGGGAAGACGAGGACGGAACCAGUAGACCAGCUGGUGCUGAUGCUGCAAAGAAAACUACUCUAAUCAGCAUCACAUCGACAUCACCGAUGCCAAGCGCUGACUCCGCCCACCAUAUGAGGUCAUCAGCUCCGCCUGCUGAUGAGACCAUCGCCGCCAUGGCGACGACAGGUCGGCCCCUGACGUUUUCACUGGGAAACCCUGUAGAGCCGACGCUGCCCACAGAAAAGCAGGACGUCACCAUUGAAGACACCAGAGUUCCAGACAGUAUUCCAGAUCUGAACCUUCUCCCUGCAGACACAUCAGAGAUGCUCCAGGCUCCGCCCCCCACCGCCCACUCCGUGACCUCUGACCCCACCAGAACCCCCUCAGCUGUCAGUGUUGCUGUGACCCCCCCACCUGCUGCAGAUGUCAGAGGGUCAAACCGUGGUCCACUGGCCGUCGUGGGUCCUGACAGGAGGCUGUUUCUCCCUCUGAGCAGUGUAGUGCUCAACGGCAGCGGCAGCAGCGACGACGGCGGCAUCAGCAGCUACAGCUGGGAGCUGGUGAGCGGACCUCCUGGGCUGAAGCUGGAGCAUGCAGAUCAGGCUGUAGCCAUGGCGACAGGGGUGCAGGUGGGGCGCUACACCUUCAGACUGACGGUGUGGGACCAGGAGGGGGCGUCGGACAGUGCCCUGCUGACUGUCAGGAUCCAGGAAGCCAGAAGUCUUCCUCCGGUCGCUCACGCUAGUGGCAGCCACACUCUGACGCUGCCCAACAACUCCCUGGUCCUCAGAGGCUCCGUGACCAACGGAGACAUGGCCCAGGUCCAUUACCGGUGGACCAGAGACAGACAGAGUCCUGCAGCUGGGGUGGUUCUCUACGGCUCCGAGUCCCAGGCCUGUCUCUACCUGGCCGACCUGGUUGAAGGUACCUACCUGUUCCAGCUGAGGGUGACCGAUGCCCAGGGCCGCUCCAGCUCCGCCACAGCAACAGUGGAGGUCCAACCAGAGCCUGGCGGGGAUGAGCAGGUGGAGCUGGAGAUGCUGGUGUCGGUGUCUCAGGUGAGUGUGGCUCAGAGGGACAUGCUGGUCCGACAGCUCGCUGCUCUGAUCCACGUCCUGGAAAGCGAUGUCCAAGUCCGGGUGCUGCAGGGACGCUCACACCUCAGCACUGUGUUGCGGUUUGCUAUUCAGGGCCCCUCAGGGCCCUUCUCUGGCUCCAGGUUGGUGGGUCUGCUCAGGAACCAACUGCUCCGAGAGAAGAGUGACUACCUGCUGUUCAGAGUCCUGAGAGUCGACACCAUCGUCUGUCAGCUCAGCUGUUCGGGGCGUGGUCAGUGUCAUCCAAUCACCAAGCAGUGCUCCUGUGACCCGUUCUGGACGGAGAACCUGAUUCGUCAUUACCUUGGAGACGGAGAAAGCAACUGUGAGUGGAGAGUCCUGUACGUCGUCCUGAGCAGCUUCAUCCUCAUGAUCUUCAUCCUCACGCUCAGCUGGACCUUCAUCUGCUGCUGCAGGAGGAGGCAGCAGACCAAGAGCAGGAAGAAAACCAAAUACACCAUCCUGGACAACAUGGACGAGCAGGAGAGGGUGGAGCUUAGACCCAGAUUCAGUAUCAAACACCGCAGCACGGAGCACAACUCCAGCCUCAUGAUGUCUGAGUCGGAGCUGGACAGCGACCAGGACACUGUCUUCAGCCGGGACCGGCCCGUCCGCAGCAGGAACCGGAUCAGUGCCCAGGCCGCCCGCAACGGGAACGCCUUCGGAUGACGGGACGUCCUGCAGACCCACGUGGGAUCUCAGACGGAUGUCUUAGGUUAGCUUGGUGGAGGUUUGCCGCUCCACAAGCAGAACCUCAGAGAUGGACCGUAUGUUGUUUGACUGCUUCUCCAGAGACACAUCAGAAGAUGGUCUGGUGUCUGGGGAAGACCAGGAAGUUCUGAUUCAUCUUUUAUCGCAGACUGGCCUUUCAUUGGCUCUUAGCUAAUGACUCUUUAGCCCCUCCCAACAGUGCAGUCCGUUCAAGCACGGGUUGCCAUGUUUUGACCCCUAUGAGCGGGUCACUAGCAUCAGAACUUUGGUGCGGUCCAAACAAACAUGUUCAUGAUUCACUACUCAUCAGAACACCUUCAUCUGUGUGGAACUCCUGUUGGUUAAACAUCCAGAACCAACAUGGACCCAGACGUAGAUGGGUGGAUGUCCUGUCAAUAGAACACAUCAGAGCAGCCGUCCAUCAUA